AUGAAGUACGGUCUCCUUGCUUUGGCGAGUGCUGGCCUCGUCUUCGGACAUGGCUACGUUGACAACGCUACCAUUAGCGGAAUAUCGUAUACGUUCUACCAACCAUAUACGGACCCGUACGAGGACCCAGCCCCAGAGCGCAUCUCACGCAAAAUUCCUGGAAACGGCCCAGUUCUCGACGUAACUUUGAUCGACGUACAGUGUAAUGGCGACAGUGCCGACGGUAUCAUCGGAAGCGAGCCUGCUCCCCUUCAUGCCCCAGCGACCGCUGGCGAGACUGUCACCUUAUACUGGACACUCUGGCCGGACAGCCAUUAUGGAGCUCUUGUGACUUAUAUGGCAAGAUGCCCAGAUACAGGCUGUCAAGAUUGGUUGCCCAACAGCACAGACGUUUGGUUCAAGAUUGCAGAGUCUGGCAUGAUCGAAUACGAGACGGGCGGCGCUGCCAACGACAUCUGGGCCGUCGACCCGCUCGAAGUGGCCCCGAAUGCCGGCACCACCUAUGAGAUUCCGUCCUGUCUAGCAGACGGCUACUAUCUCGUGCGUCACGAGAUCCUGGCCGUCUUCUUGGCUGGAACGUAUCCAGGGAUUCAGAUCUACCCAGGCUGCCAUCAACUGAACGUUUCUGGCGGCGGAUCGACAACUGUCAGCGACCUCGUGGCGUUCCCCGGUGCGUACACUCCCACCGAUCCGGGGAUUACGUGGGACAGCUCCUCGACUACGUACCCGAUCCCCGGCCCGACCGUCUUUAGCUGUUCUGGUUAG